CUAGAACAAGAAAAUAAAGGCGGAGAUUGUCUAUUAUUAUCAUACUUGUUAUUUUUUUUUUAUAAAUUGUUUUCAACCCCUCUGCCUAUCCAUUCUGGGAUCGCACUGGGUGUGCCCCGAUAGGAAUCCCUCGUUUGCUGACCGUCAUUCCCUUUGCUUUUACGCAGGCCCUGUCCUACCUCCGCGAAACGAAUCCCUCGACCCCCCGCGGCUCGGUGCGACCUUCGUCCCAGGAGGGUUCGAUGAUUACUUGAUGCCGGAAGUCCUCGCCCCAAGCCCCCAGAGGUACGUUGCCUUUCGUGAUAGCGGCGGCCCCGGGAUGCGUUAGCCACGCAAUUCUGGGUAAUGCCCGAGGUUCCCCAGAACAUGCAAGAGGACCUCCAACGCAUGGAACUCGAAGCAAACGAGAGAGGACCACACAGAGACACGCUCGCCGCGCCCUCGACCAACCCCUCCUUCCCCAACUCUACCACCGGCGGAUUCCAGCCCUACCUGAAAGACAAGCACGACGAACCUGACCGUCGACUGCCCGACUUCGGCCGUUCUGCUAGUGGGACAUCCAGCCCGUCCACCAUGGAUGCCCCCUCCUUCUCGCCGUUCCCGAAAGUCACGGGCGAAAAUAUUCCGCCAAGCGACGAGGAGAAGGAAGGGAUUUUGUAUCAGGCACGGGCGACCGUGCUGCAUUCGAACAAUGUCUCCAUGCAGGUUGCCUGGGCCCGGGAUGCGCUCGUGUCGGUCGAGGUCGCUGCCGAGGCGCAAGCACGGGAUUGGAAGCGGGAGAAUAAGGGAAGAGACAGGCAGAGGCCGCCCACACCAAAGGUCGAGCACGAGCUGCGAGUCGACGCCGUCAACAUCAUCGAAUACCUCGCCCAGCAGAACCACCCCGAGGCGACAUUCAUGAAGGCAAAGUGGCAAGAGUUCGGGAAGUUUGGAUACCGCGAAAACAAGCGCGACGCCUAUCUCGGAUACAAGAAGGCCGCCGACCUGGGCUGGGGGCGUGCCGAAUAUCGGAUGGGCAUGCUGUACGAGAACUCGAACGAUACGGAAAAGGCCAUCAAGCACUACAGCCAGGGCGCCAGCAUGAAUGACUCGGCAUCCUGCUACCGGCUGGGCAUGAUGCACCUGAUGGGCCAGCAUGGGUACCAGAAGGAUCUCCAGACAGGGUUAGAGAUGGUCCAGAAAGCCGCCGACGGAGCCGACGAGGAUGCGCCCCAGGGUGCCUACGUCUACGGCAUGCUAGUCGCCCGAGACCUGCCAGACAUCAACAUACCCGAGUUUCUGCUGCCCAUUGAGGUCAACGUCGCCAGGCAGUAUAUCGAGAAGGCGGCAUAUCUAUGCUUCUCCAAGGCACAGCUCAAGAUGGGCCAGGCCUACGAGCUUUCCCAGCUGGGCUGCGACUUCAAACCUGCUUACUCGCUUCAUUACUAUGGCCUCGCAGCACGCCAGGGGCAGCCCGAGGCGGCCCUAGGUGUCAGCCGCUGGUUUCUCUUCGGGUUCGAAGGCGUCUUCUCCAAGAACGAGCAGCUGGCUUACAGAUAUGCGGAGGAGGCGGCAGAGGCUGGCCUGCCGACCGGCGAGUUCGCCAUGGGCUACUACUGCGAGAUUGGCAUUCAUGUUCAGAAAGAUAUCCGCCAGGCACGCAAGUGGUACGAGCUUGCCGCCGAGCAUGGGAAUAGCGACGCCAAGGACAGGCUUGAAUCGCUGAACCAGUCGAAGACGCUCACUAAGAAGGACCACGAAACGACGACGCUCACGCGAAUCAAGUCGCAAUACGGCUCCCAGAGAGGCAAGCGGCCGGCCCGCUUGGCAAAACAGAACGAGACGUUGCCCACUUUGCCAGAGACCUCACAGAGCUCAUCGGCUCCCGAUGUCUCUGCCACUCCACCAAGGGAUGCAUCGCCGGGCCUAUCCCCCAAACCCUCACCCCGACGCGCACCUGUCAUAUUCGAAGACACAGUCGAGUUUCCCGAUCCCGAGCGCCGUGACCCCGCGGGCUCAAGGCCUCCGGCAUUCACAGUCAACUUCGGCUCUCCCAACCUCGCGCUGCGUCCGAAGUCGGCAGCACCGUAUCCCGUCGACGACCGACCGCCACCGCUUAACCUCUCGAGACCCAAGUCUACAGCUCCGUACCCCGACGACGACGUCGGACAGAAGCCAGCCCUCUCCCCGCACUUCAACCCUUCCAUCCGCCCUUCGGCAGGACCCCAUGCUGACCGCCCCGGAAGCGCAUUCGGCAUUCGGCCGCUUUCCUCCCAUUCGUCGCAGAACCUCCUGCCCAAGCUAGACUAUCGCGGCCAUGUCCCAACCAGCCACAGCGCCGGCACAAGCUGGGAGCCUCAAGUGCCCGCCGGCUACAGGCAGCCAAGCCCCGGCCCGGCUCGUAACGAUUACCCAUACGGCGGACAAGGAGGUGGCGGCGGCGGCGCACAGCAGCAGUUCGCAUACGAGAAGCCGCUCCCGCCGCAACGACUCGGCGCAGCCAGCGUCGGCCCGGGCAUAUCGGCUCCCACGGGCGCCAUCCCCGUGGGAGACCCGACCCGGAAUCGCCUGCAGAAGGCGAACCCGGGCCCCGCCCCGAGGCCCCAGCAAGCACCACCAAUGUCCCCGCCGGGACAAUUCCCCAUGGCCGGCUACGGAGCCCAACCGGGCCCGGGUGCGCAACCGGGACGCGACUACGGCCCGCGCACGACCAGCCGGCCCGUCAGCGACGUCUACGACCACCGCUACGGCGGCGGCGGGAGGCUGCCACCGGGCAACAACGGCGCCAACGUCCGACCGGAGCGCCUGGACAGCCUCGGUCCCAUGCCCGGCGGCGGUGGUGGCGGUGGCCGGCCACCGCUCAAGGAUCGACCCGGACAGUUCGACAGCGGCAGCAGUAGUGGCGGUAGCGGUCCAGCCGGACGCGCGAGCGCGCCGCCGGGCCAGCGGAUCCCGAGGCCCGGUUCCGGCUCGCCCAGUAUGCCGCCGGCGGGAGGAGGGCAGGGCGCCGCCAGGCCGCCGGUGGGGGGUAAGGCUAACUCGGCGGCGGCGGGGCUGGGGGUGCCGGCGCAUCCGGAUGGGAAGACUAUGGGUAAUGGGCCUGCGACGUUUGAGGCGAUGGGGAUUCCGCAGGGGAAGAACGAGAACGACUGUGUCGUGAUGUGAAAGUCGAGAUUCAUAGUGAGGCGGCGGAAGGGCAGCCGCGGAGGGCAAGGCAAGACGCCACGCUUGGGAGGGGAGUUCUAUCAUCUCUCGAGCUGCCCGUGGCCGAUCCGCUUCCCUUGGCAUGUGUCCGGGCUCUUUACUUUCACCUGGAUAUGUUUGGAUGUAAACGGCAGGUUUGGGAAAGUUCCAUUCGCCGCACCGCACAACUUGCACAUUUGUUUGCGAUAGAUUCUGGAAGGUAGAUUGCCCGGGUCGUGUCAUACGUAUUUAGGAGGUGGGCGAGAUGGCAUACGAGGUUAUUAAUAGAUCAAUUGAACCUAGCGCCUGGUUCCAUCAUGGGAGUACGGUGGUCUGCUGAUCGUGGGCGGCUUGGCCUUCCUCGCCUCCUUUGGGGUGUUGUGUAGCUCGCUUAGCGGCUUAGCAGCUAUCGUCGACACCGU